AUGAUGGAGUCUAAAAGAUUAACAUGGCUCCGUAACAACCAGUCAAAGUUAAGAGUUUCCAAAUAUAAUAAUCUCAAUGAAGAGGGUGAUGAAAUUGUAGUGCUUGGGUCGAGCACAGGUAAAAGAGUUGUAUUGCCAUCAUCCUACGUUGGAAGUCGAAGAUUCAUGGAUCAACUUUAUUAUGACGGCAAGGCUAUUUGUAGCAAAGUCGGGUUUCCUGAUUUGUUCAUAACUUUUACCUGCAAUCCUAAUUGGCCCGAGAUACAAAGAGUAUUAGGACCUCUUCACUUAAAACCUCAAGAUAGACCAGCUAUCAUUUCAAGGGUCUUCAAGUUGAAGUUUGAUGAACUUCUAUCAGAUUUAACAAAGAAGGGUAUCUUAGGGAAAGUUCUUGCGUACAUGUACACUAUUGAGUUUCAAAAAAGAGGGUUGCCACAUGCCCACAUUUUAAUCUUCUUGCAUCCUUCAAACAAAUACCCAGCACCUUCCGACAUUGAUAGAAUUAUUUCGGCUGAAAUACCAGAUCCGGUGUUGGAACCGAGGCUGUAUAAUUUGGUUAAGACUCAUAUGGUGCAUGGUCCUUGUGGCCUAGCUAAUCAAAAUUCACAAUGCAUGAAAGACGGUAAGUGUUCAAAGUAUUAUCCGAAGAAGUUUCAAAGUACCACAGUAGUUGAUCAAGAUGGAUAUCCUAUUUACAGAAGAAGAGAUAAUGGAAACACAAUUAACAAAAACGGGAUAAUACUACAUAACGGUCAUGUCGUUCCUCAUAACCCAAAUAUGUUGUUGAAGUAUGGAGCACACAAUAAUAUGGAAUGGUGCAACCAAAGUACUUCAAUCAAAUACUUAUUCAAGUAUAUAAACAAGGGGUCUGAUAGAAUUUCGGUUGUUAUUGUGCCACCUGAUUCAACCAACAGAUGUGGUGAUAAAAACAUUGAUGAGAUUAAACAAUAUUUAGACUGUAGAUAUGUUUCACCGAGUGAAGCAUGCUGGCGAAUAUUCUCAUACUCAAUACAUGGAAGGAAACCUGUCGUGGAAAGAUUGUUCUUUCGCUUGGAAGGAGAACAUUCUGUUUACUACCGAGAUUACGAACAAAUUGGAGAUGUCUUAAUUAAGCCAAGUGUUACGGAAUCCAUGUUUACGGCUUGGUUCGAGGCCAACAAUAAAUAUGAAGAGGCAAGGUUGCUAACUUAUGGACAAUUUGUUUCAAAAUUUGUAUAUGUCAAGAAAUCAAGAACUUGGAAGCCACGGCAGCGGGGAUACACAAUUGGUCGACUUAUAUGGGUUCCGCAUUGUACAGGAGAGUUGUAUUAUCUACGGAUGAUGUUAACCGCGAAGAAAGGUCCCAUAAGCUAUGAUGACAUCAAAAAUAUAGAUGGUUUCCAACAUAAAACCUUCAGAGAUGCAUGCUUCGCCAUGGGAUUUCUCCAAGAUGAUCGUGAGUUUAUCGAAGCAAUAAAAGAGGCACACCUUUGGGGUUCAGGGAAAUUUCUUAGAAAGCUGUUUAUCACAAUGUUGUUGUCUGCAUCGAUGGAUAGACCUGAGCAUGUGUGGUCUAAAACUUGGAACUAUUUAGAUGACGGUGUUUUAUACGACCAGCGGCGCCUGGCUAAAAGUCCAGGACUAAUACUCACGGAUGAAGAAAUCAAGAAACUUACAUUGAUGGAAAUAGAGUCACUGUUGCAAAAUAACAGAAGAACUUUGAAAGAUUUCAAACCUAUGCCAUAUCUGGAUGAUUAUGUCAUUGAUAUUCUUGGAAAUCGGUUAGUUUAUGAAGAAAGACAAUAUGAUGUUGUUGCUCAAGCUGCACUGCAUCAAAAACUAUUUUCUUCUUUGACAGAUGAACAAAGGGCAAUAUAUUCAGAAAUCAUGGAAGUUGUUGAUUCACAAAGUGGAGGUGUUUUCUUCCUAUAUGGAUAUGGUGGAACAGGUAAAACUUUCAUCUGGAACACCCUCUCCGCCACAAUUCGUUCAAAAGAAGGUAUUGUUCUAAAUGUUGCAUCGAGCGGGAUUGCCAGCUUAUUGUUACCAGGCGGACGAACAACACAUUCCAAAUUUAAGAUUCCUGUCCCAACUAUUGAAACAUCAAUUUGCAAAAUAGAUAAGAAAGAUGAACUUGCUCAACUUUUGAGAUUAACCGAUCUUAUCAUAUGGGAUGAAGCCCCUAUGGCCAAUAAGUUUUGCUUUGAGGCACUUGACAAAAGUUUGAAAGAUAUAAUGAGUGAAACUAAUAACGGUUCAAAUGCCAUUUUUGGAGGAAAAGUAAUUGUUUUUGGCGGUGAUUUUAGACAAAUCCUACCUAUUGUACCUAGAGGUAGUCGAUCUGAUAUUAUUCACGCCACAAUUAAUGCUUCUUACAUAUGGGAUUAUUGUAAAGUCUUGAAACUUACCAAGAAUAUGCGACUACAUAGUGGCAAUUCUACAUCAUCCAUUGAAGAAGUUGAGCAUUUCUCCAACUGGAUACUCCAAAUAGGUGAUGGCAAAGUUGAAGAACCUAAUGAUGGAUAUGCUGAAAUUGAAAUACCUCCAUAA